AUGAGCGGGCGCGCUGUGGCUGCUUCUAGCUGGCUCGUUAUUAUUACUCUUGUGGCAGUUUACUCCGGCAAUCUUACGGCAUGGCUGUCUCUUCCUAGGUACGAGCGGCCUAUCAACUCCUUAAAUGACCUCGUAAAUAGACCUGAUCUCGUGCCUGCUGUACGCCAGAAUGACCCCAACCACAUGAUGUUCAUUAACAUAACCGACGGCGUUCUCGGAGCAAUAGCCAAGCGUCUCAUCUUAACGUCUGAUAACUCCGUAGACCUUGCUAAGAAAGUACGCGAUGAGAAACUUGUCUACAUGAACAGUGCUCGAUCACACUUACAAAAGGCGACAAACCUGAACGAACACGAGGGAAUAACAGGCUUCGCCCCUUGUAAAUUCCAUAUCGGCUCAGAAGACAUCCGCCAAGAUUACCUCGGUCUCAUGAUCAGCAAGAACAGCUGGUUUAAGGAACAGAUGAACCGGCAGCUGCGGUGGCUGCGCUCGUACGGCGUGGUGACCAAACUGUACCGGCAGUACAACCCGCCCGGCUGCCGGCUGGACAAGCCGGGGCGCCGCUCGGGCGUCAAAGACCGCCUCAGCCUGUCGCAGCUGCAGGGCAUCUUCUGGGUGUGGCUGGUGGGCAUGGGCCUGGCCUUCCUGACGCUGCUGGCCGAGAUAUCAGGUAAUAUACAUCGUAGAAAAAGUGGAGCAAAAAUAGAAGCACCUAGUACACACUUUGCAUCUUAUGUGUCCAAUUUCUUUAGAAUGAAACAGUUGUGGUCCACACACCUGAGCUGCAGGUUAGCGAAAGAGGUAGAAGAAUUCCAGUUUGGAUUUAAAUCUCAGAAUAAAUUGAAUCAGCUUUGCUACCCUUUGCAAGCCCUAUAUUGCAAGUAUGUGUCAAUAACAGUUAUACCUUAA